UAUCUGAUCAGAACUUGAUUGUGAAACAAAUAAUGUGACUUACGGUACAUGACAGAAGGUUAAAGUCAUUUUUCUGUUCAAAUAGUGUCUCUGCAUUACUUACAAACUCUUAACAGUUUCUUUGCAUGCAUUACUAUGCCCUGAUCAUUUUCUUUUCCGACGGCUAGAAAGUCACUGGUUUUCCUCCUAAAAUGAAUUCUUUUUUUCUAGGAAAGCUCCUCAAAUGUUACUUUACUAACAUUGUUUCUUUGCAAGCAGGGAUUUUAAAUGGAGGACGUAAACCAGCAACCUCCCCACACACAGUGGGCUGUUCAUUGCAGUGAUUGUGAGUCUGCUCUUCCUUGUGUUAUUGAGGUUCACAGCUGGGGUUCUCUUCUGGAUUUUCAUCUUUGGUGUGAUUGGAAUUAUAGGUUAUGGCAUCUGGCAUUGUUACUGGGAGUACAACCAUCUGAAAGGAAUACCUGGAUCUGACCUCACUGUUUAGGAUACUGGAUUCCAGAGGGACUUCAGAGUGUGCCUGCAGCUGAGGCAAACAUGCUGCUGCAGGUGCUGCGGGUGCUGGGUGCCCGCAGUGGGGCCGGGCUCAGCGUCCCCGGGGGUGCCGCUGGAGCUGCUGGUGCUGGCCAGGACUGUUGCCUAUGGCUGCUCCACGGCCUUCCCCUUCAGACCAUGACCCUUGGCUUCCUCACGCAGCACUUGGGGGGCACACGGGGAGAGGGGUGCUGCUGUGGCUGGUUAAUGGGUGUUACUGGGCACCCUCCUCUCAACCCAUACCCCCCCAGGCUCAUCACCUUCCUCCAAGAGGCCAAUCUGCCCAUCAUCAUCUUCAGCAGGCUCCUUCAAGCCGCCACCAACUACAGCCAAGGCCACAUGGGGCAGCUCUCAGGGGUCACCACCACCCUCCUGUUCGGGGGGGGGGCGCAGGUCUUCACCUCCCUUCAGGAGACAGAGGACCCACUCCUGGCCUUGACCUUCGCCACGUUGGCCGCCUGCAAUGGGCUCCUAUUGGGGCAGCUGCUGUAUUAUGGGGGGAGGAGCCCCCAAACCUCCCCCUCACCGCAAAGUGGACUGACCCCGGAUCCCCCCAUACCCUCCCCCCAAUGGAACAAACUGGGGGGGUGGUGUUAAAAAGGGGGUUUUUGUGGGGUGAAACAUCCCCCCAUUAAUAAAAUGGGUUUUCACUGGU